GAUUUAGUCGAUUUUUGUUUAGUCAGCAUGUUCCAUAGUUCCAGCUUGGCAGGAUGGAUGCGCAUAAAGCAGUAAUCAGCUCAAAUGGAUCAUCUUAUCAGUGAGGGGAUGCACAGCAACACCCAUGAUGAGGCCCAAACGGGUUAAUUUGUCAAAGCACGAUGCGAUGAAUUUAUUCAGUUAGAUAAGUAAAUAAAUAAACAUGCCAGGAGGCUUUGAACUUGGAUUCACCAAAUAUAUCCCGUUAAGUGUGGCGCAUAUAAACUUAGAUGGCUUUUUACUGCCUUAGUUUUAGCAGUUUGUAAAAACAACGACUUUUAUUCCACUGUUUAAUAAAAUGUGGUAAAACAAAUGCGGUAGACUAAAUAUUUUUUCUUCUUUUACGUGAAUGUAAUAGAUUAAGACAAAGUGUUGAACAAAUAUAAACUAAGGGCAAGACUUACAGUGUUUGAUUGUAUGACCACGUGGCGCCAUCUAAUGGUUGAAGUUGCUAAUUGCUACUGCUUAAACGAGCAUAUUGAAUAAUUGCAUUUUCUAGAAUAUUUUAAAAGCUUUAAGAAAAAAAAGAAUAGUAUGUAUCUAGUACUAGCACAUAAACUUGGUUUAAUGUCGUUUCACAUGGAAACAGACUCAAAACAACAAAUAAAAAUAGAUCCUAUAGCUGGGAUUUUACGUGAUGCAUUUUUAUGUAUUUCUUUUAUUAUUGGUCUGCACAUUAUCAUGUUUCGGGAAAACGUUAAAACCAGCGUUACAAACAUGAACAGAUUCGGAUUUCGAUUUACGCGGAGUUUAAGUUUAAGACCCAUGAUGCUUUGCGGCUGCGUGGGAGAGACUUACGCCUCGAGUCCGACGGCCAAAACAGGCGUCUCUUUGCUGUGUGCGUUUCCAUGGAGAAUUGGAGCGCACACGCCGUGGUCUUAUCGUGAGAGCUGAGCCCCUACUGUGUCCGAGUUUCUCUUUAUCAGCAGCUAUCACCUGUGGCAGACAACGGCUGAGGGAGGGAGCGACACCUCUAGCUGUUCCAUCGCUCCCUGACCUGCAUGUCAAAUGGAUUUGCUAAAAAGUUGAGUUUUAAACUCAAGUUUCAGGAGCAAAAGAGCACGAGAAAGACGGAUCUGAUCAAUGAAAAAACAUUAGGCGGCUGUUGAAAGAGAUGAUGAAUCGCUACACCACCCUGAAGCAGCUGGGUGAUGGCACCUAUGGGAGUGUGCUGAUGGGGAGAAACAACGAAUCUGGAGAAUAUGUGGCCAUUAAGAGGAUGAAGAAGAAAUUUUAUUCAUGGGAUGAGUGCAUGAACCUAAGAGAAGUGAAGUCACUGAAGAAGCUGAACCAUGCAAACGUGGUGAAACUAAAAGAGGUUAUCAGAGAGAACGAUCACCUCUACUUUGUCUUCGAGUACAUGAAGGAGAACCUGUAUCAGCUGAUGAAGGACAGAGAAAAUAAGAUGUUCUCGGAAAAUGAAAUUAGGAACAUCCUGUUUCAAGUGCUGUCUGGGUUGGCUUUUGUGCAUAAGCAUGGUUUCUUCCAUCGAGACAUGAAGCCAGAGAAUCUCUUGUGUAUGGGCCCAGAACUUGUCAAAAUAGCAGAUUUCGGACUGGCUAGAGAGAUCCGCUCCAAACCCCCAUACACAGAUUAUGUGUCAACCAGAUGGUAUCGUGCUCCAGAGGUUCUUCUCAGAUCCUCCACUUACGGCUCUCCCAUUGACUUGUGGGCUGUGGGCUGCAUCAUGGCUGAACUUUACACACUCAGGCCUCUUUUCCCAGGAAACAGUGAAAUGGAUGAGAUCUUCAAGAUCUGUCAAGUACUGGGCACGGUGAAAAAGACUGAAUGGCCAGAGGGUUACCAACUAGCAUCUGCUAUGAACUUUCGCUUCCCCCAAUGUGUGCCCACCCAUUUAAAGACCCUCAUCCCUAACGCCAGCAAUGAAGCUAUUGCCCUGAUGAAGGAUUUCCUGCAAUGGGAUCCAAAGAAAAGGCCAACUGCUGCACAGGCCCUGCGUUACCCGUACUUCCAGGUGGGUCAGGUCUUGGGACCUCGACCUCAAAGCCAGGAGCUAAAAAAGAUGCAGAACAGGUCGAUGGUCAAGAAACAGAAUUCUGAGUCUAAAACAGACCCCCUGCAGUCCUCAUCAGAGUCCAAAGCCUCCACCACUUCCUCCAGAAAUCACCAGCAGCAUCAGCCUCUUCAGCAGAUCGCCCUGCCUCAGACGGACAGUCAACCAGGAGGACUCGGCCACACGAAAGCAGCACCGGCUGACGUUGAGAACAGCAUUGGGGGCAGUGGUACUGCGCUGCUGAAAAGCGGCCGGCGCCGCUGGGGACAGUCGGCUGCCAAGACAACAGACAGCUGGGAAGAUUCUGACCAAUCAGAGUCUGCAGUCUCCAACUCUAAGAAGCCCAGCCUGGGUAAUGCAGACGAAGAUGGGAAUGUCAAAGAGCAGUGUCCUCAGCCAAAGAAGCCGAAACCUCUGUACUCCUUCAGCACCGUUACUAAGCUUCCGAGCAAUGUUAAGGUUGGUCAAAUGGAUUCCAGCCUCCCUGGGUCUGCAGCGAGGCAGCACUAUCUCAGCCAGUCCCGUUACUUACCAGGCUUGAUUGGCAAGAAUGAGACUUCUUCUGGAGAUAAGGACUUGGGUGGUAUGACACUGCGGGACCUGUGGGAGAACUCCUCAAACGCUUUAAAUAAACCAUUAGCUCCUAUUGGAAAAGGAUUACAUUUCAGCAGAGCAAACGCAGAAGAGAACUCCACUAAAUCCUCGGAUAGCACACCAGAGAAAACGAUUGUCAAAGAAAGAAUCCUGGAGAAAAUCGACUUGUCCAAAGGAAAUUUUGUGAGCACCAAGUACAACCUGUCCACCGGUUACAUCCCAUCCCUGCUGAAGAAAGAGGUGGGCUCAGUGGGACAGAGGAUCCAGCUUGCUCCCCUGGGCGGCCAGCAUACAAUCAGCCCCUCCUCUUCUUCACCUGAUAAUAAAAAAGAAAAGAAUAAAUCUGCAAAACUCAAACCCAUAUCCAACUCAUCACUCAAUGAAGCUGCUGAAGAUUUUGAAGGCUGGAGGAGGCGUGCCGACUGGAAUCAGGUGAAAGGGAACAGCUAUGCAGCUCUGGGAAAAACUUCAGGAAAUCUCCUGAGCAAAGCCCCAGCUGUCCAAACUGUGCACGGCAGGGUGGACUGGACAUCCAAGUAUGGCGGAAACCGAUAGGUCGGUGAAAACACCAAGACAAGUUCUUGUUCAAAACCUCUGACAGGGUUGGUGUGUUUUCUAAAGAUGGGUUAAAUAAAUUGCUCCAUUUUGGAAACAAUGAUUGCCAAUAACAGACAAAAAUAUAUUUGUAUGUGCUUGGACAUUCUAACAGGAAAUGAAAUGUAGCAAACUUUUUUCAGGUCAGUUGCUUUGAUUU